AUGAUGGCCAUCAGACCAAUACCGGGCCAGUCGACCGCAUCGGGCAGUGUCGUUGACCGUCCGCAUGGUGAUGACGAUGCUGGCGAGGGUCCGAGACCCCGCAAGAAGCAGCGAAGACAACGCCCAUCUCACAGCUGUGCCGAAUGCCGCCGCCUGAAGAUGAAAUGUGAUCGGGAGGUGCCGUGCUCGAACUGUGUCCGGCGCCACCGCAUUGAGUUCUGUACAAAGGUUACGACCAGCGAGAUACCUCCUCGAGCGUCCGAUGUGAGUAGUACUCAGCAUCAAGACGCUGGGCGAGCUCAGCAGGCGCGACCUCCUAUCCAAAGUCUUCCUACCAGCUCACCUCCUCCCCUUGGUGUCGGCCAUCAGCCGGUACAGCAGGGGCAACUACCGCAUCAACAUGAUCCGUCUCAAAGUCAGUUUAAUGCACAGGCAAUUGUAUCACCCCAGGAUUUUGGGCGCGGUUCUGGCCACACUCCAAUGCGUAAUGAAAACAACCCAGACCUUGAAGGUCUUUCCUUUCUCACUCCUAGACGUCAGCCGGAGACAGUCCAGGGUCCCUCCUUACUGCCCUCAGACAGACUUUCUGGAUCCUGGCACAGCAAUCCAAGCGGGGGCAGCUUCCAUGGUGUUAACGAGCAGAGCGGCUCUCACGGAACGUUGAUGCUGGGUAGCGGCGGUCGAUCCAAGUAUCUCGGACCAACAGCAGGCAGUGAAUGGCUGAAAGAUUCGGAAACGCAACUCGUAACGGACUCACCUUCGGCCACUCGUCCUCCAUCUCCGAAAGUACCGCAGUCGGCGACCUCCCUUCAGGCCGGCCAUUCAACCUUUGGCACCGCUCCCAUCGCCUUCCCAUUCAGCACUUCAGCGGCUGGUACUAGCACUCGGGACCUGCUUUCCCACCUACCCCCCAGAGAGGAGGCUUGGACACUAGCUGAGUCGUACUAUCGCUAUUGUGCUUGGCAUCAUGACGUUGCUCCCAGGCCCAUGUUCAAGAAAACAUUUGACCGUGUCUAUAAACUGUCCGAAGGGGGCUCAUUAUCACCCCGCAUCAAUCCUCAAGAGAUUGCCUUGGUUUUUAUCAUAAUGGCUCAAGGCACCUUGUAUAAUAUCGAGAUGCCCAACUAUGAUCCGUCUGCGGAGGAUUGGCUACACCUUUCAGAACGCGCUUUGGUCGAAGGGAAUUUUCUAUCGAAUAAUAUGGUCGCCGGGCUGCAGACUCUGCAUCUAAUGGCGCAUAUGCAUCUACAGCUAGACAAGGGCGAACGAGGUGACAUUGCCUGGCCGCUCUGGGGCUUGGUGAUGCGCCUGGUGCAAGCAAUGGGCAUGCACCGCGACGGUGCCUGCUGGAAUCUACCACUCGAUGUGGUCGAGGAAAGACGCAAGGUCUUCUGGGAGUGCAAUGCUGCCGAUACCUUCCAGGCUCAUUGCUUUUCAAGACCGUGUGCUGUCAAUCCUGACCAUUGCGACGUCGUGUUUCCAUCUGAGCCGCCAAAUGCCAGCGGGGGGAAGAGCUAUUCUAUCCUUCGUUUUGAGCUUUCUCAGCUGUCGUCUGAGAUUCUCAACAUGGCGAUGAAGGUGCGCAAACCGGCAUAUUCCGACGUCAUCGACCUAGACCUCAGACUCUGCGAAUUUGAACGCAACCUUCCCUUCUCCCUCCGAUGCCGAGUGGCGUUGCUGUCAAUGCCCUCUCGAUACGCUCAAUUCGAGGCUGCAAUUGCAGCAUCCCCAGAGCCAUCACGGCGGUCCAUGACUAUCUCCUUCCAGCAAUCAAAUCUUGCGCUCAAUAUUUCCGAGACAAUAAUCAACCUCCAUCGACCUUAUUAUGCUAAAGCCCUCUACGAAGAAAUCGAUGACCGCCUCAAAUCUGUAUACGCGCCGUCAUUUCUGACUGUUAUAGAACGUUGCGCAAUGAUUAUUGCCAUUGUCAACGAUAUCCACACUCGCUUCCCCGCUGUCAGCACAAGGCAGUGGAACUUCUGGUAUCACGUCUUCGGCUCAGCUCUAUGCCUAGGGACACUAGUCCUUCGCGAUCUAAGCAAUCCCAUGGGUACCUUCGUGCUUAGCCAGAUAGAUGCGGCCAUCAAUCUCUUCACAUCCCUAAUCCGAAACGGCGCGAAUACCCCCCGAUACAACCGCAAUCUGCAAUGGCUCAUGAAACUCCGCGCCAGAGCCUCAUCCAAGAUCUCCAACGCAUCGACCCCGCAACAAUAUACCAACAACAACAACCCUCAGCGAGACGACGAUCAUGACCCUCACCAUGACCAUAAUCCAGACAGACACAGAAGCCGCGAAGAACGAGAAGAGAGUGAAGACGUAGAGCUGCUCGGCUGGCGGACUAGACUCAUCGAGCGCGCCGGUCAGAAUCACCAGACGAUUCGAACGAUCCAUCUUGCCCCAACGCCCAACGGAUCUCAUAUCACGAGUAUUCCUAAUCCGUCUCCAGGCGGUACUCGUGUCGAGGGUUCUCAUAGUAACGCUGGUGCUGCUGGUGGUGACUUCAGAUCUCCGGAUCUAACUAUGCCCAGCUCGUCGUUCCCAUGGGUGACGCCUGACUCGACUGAUGGCUUUCUAAAUGAUUUCUGGGACCCGAUGCUCCUGCAGGAUAUCUUCGGGCCGCCUCACGAGUAG